UAGACAGUGCCUCUGCAUCGAGUGACUCUCAUGGGUUGAGCGUGUUCAUAACCCAGUUUAUUUUAAACAUAUAUUUACCUGGAGAAAAAAAACGUUUAUUCGUCCACAAAACCGUACUCGAAUACAUAGAUCGAAGCCGGUAAAGUUUAACAUCGCUUUUCAAGCCAGCUGUCAGGCAUCGCUCGAACCCUAGACUCUAAAAUGGCUGGUUGUAGGUCCGAGGAAAUACAUAUGCUACUGUUGUUAUACAAAACUGUUGAUGCUACGCGACAUCCUUUUCAGUUGUGUGAUGAAAUAACCGUUUCCGACUGCCGGGUUUUCUCUGUUGUCCCAGGUUCGAGCGUUGAGCCAUUCAUUCACACGCCCAUUGGCCUUUUCGGACCUCGGACUGCGCGUAAUGGCGUCUCCCCCUUACAGCGUCGCUUUUAUUUCAAAACGAAGAGUGAAACAUAGGUUCGACUAAUCAUACUAUUUGAGGAUAAUGACGUCACACGUGAAUGGAUUUAUUUUUCCAAGUUGGGAUGUUAACCACAUUUGAAGCCCAGUCAAUUCGCUGACAUCACUCCUAUCAACCCACUUCGCUGACCAGCGCAUGUAUUGCAGAAGAAGGAUAACAUCUUGUGUCAAUGAUAAGCAUGUCCCAAAAUGAAUUCUCACUUGGCGGUGGUCCUGACCAAUGGCAGCUUAGAUGAUGGGAAUGGCAACCAAUCCCAGACCAGGUCAGGUGCAAUACUGCAGAUCCUUAAAGAUUCAGUGGAUAUUGCCUUAUCCUGCCCUCAAGGGAACAUCCAAUCAAGUACUCUCAAACAGACAUCCUCCAGUAUUGGCGUCCAAUCAGAUGAUGAUAAAGCUACAGAGUUGGGUGGGACAUCUUUGAGGGGUCUGCAGGACGUUGGUAAACCCAGUAGACUCAACCUUCCAAUCACAGUCAGGACUGGAAGGCCUGUUUUGUGCAAUCAGCCAAUUAGAAUCAAGGUUGUCAUCCCUGGUCUAUGCAAAAGGCCUAUCACAAACUCUGCAACUAGCUCCACCAAAGCCGUGGUCCCAUCUGAUGGUCCAGUAUGUCCACUGGGACCUGUAGCGGAAUCUUCUGGGCCUGGUCCAGACCAGCGCAUGGAGAUCGAUCCAAAUGAGAUAUCUGCAGAGCGAAACCAAACCACCACCUUCACCACCACUACUGAGAAUCAAACAGAAGACGCAGAGAGGGCUGGGAGAGGCCAUGGAGCAAGGAACAGUGCUGAAGAUGGGGGUGACGGUGCUACACCCCUCCCCUCCACUCCUGACUCCGUCCACACCCAGAGGGACAGAGGAACAAGGGAAGAGAUGGAGGAGGAGGAGGAGGAGGAGGAGGAGGGAGACUCAAAGAACCAGGUCUCCUUACAGCACAGUCUCUCUCUCGCCAUCGCAGAGAGAUCUGGAAUGGUGAAAGCUGUUGAACCGAGGGCUGUGGAGGAGGAGGAGGAGGAAAGAGGAGAACAGUUAGAAGUGUUGGAUUUGAGUUUGCCUAAAAAGAUAGACGGUGGUGUGAAAGCGUGGCGGAGCGGCUGUUUCCUGGGCGACGCGGGCUGCGAAAGUUCGCUGAUAAUGGAGGUGGAUGAAAUCGAGGGGGAGGGGGACCGGGACGUCGUGGAGGAAGAUGACGGUGAAGACGAGGAGGACACAGAGCCCAGGGAGGGCUUAGACGAGGACGGGAACCCUCUUCCGUCUCCCUCCUUCUUCUCCACCUCCAUCCUAACCUCCCUCUCCUCCAUAGACCGUGACUCUGAGAGCUUCCUCCUCAUAGACGACAAGGGAAUCCCCUACACGCUCACUGCAGACGGAAACAAAGUGCCCCAGAUAGACUCCUCCCCCCUCUCAGGCCAGGCCAUGGGCCGAUCGGACGCUGUGGGGGUCGGGGAAAAGAGGUUGGCUGCUGCCUCAGGGGUCCAACACACGAGCCUGAGCUCAGCAAACACUCAGAAUACUCACACGGAGCAUUCAGGGAUUCUCUGUGGCUCUGCUGAAACCGGGAGUUCCAAGACCACCGAACUUUCUGAGGGUUUGGAGGUCUUGAAGAGCCUGGGACUGCUGAAGACCACCGAACCCGAGAAGGUUCUGGAAGGAGCUGUGAAAGUUGCCGUUUCCAAGCCCUGUGGGGCUGCUGUUCCUCCGCAGUCUAUUCAGAUACUGACCAACCCUUCCUCCAAUACCCCCUUUCUCCUCGUCUCAUCCACACCCAGGUUCUCCUCCUCUCCUCUGGCCCUCUCUCUCCCCCUCUCCCUCCCCCAGAACUCACCCGGGACCUCCACCCCCAUGCUCCUCCUCCUGUCUUCCAUCCCAUCUUCGUCCGGUCAGUCCUUCUCCACCUCCACCCCCAUUGCUGUCAUCAACUCCUCCACAGGCCAGCUCUCCCAGAUCACUGCCUCUCCUCCCUCCAUCUCUCUCCCUCUCACGUCUGCUCAGGUGACCCCAGCAGGGUCUGCCCCCUCCUGCUCCUCCUCUUCUCACCCCGUCAUCAGACUGACCCCCAACAACCCUCCUCUCAUCCUGUCGAGAGCGGGGGAGAACUCCAGCCUGCCCUCCACCCUCCCGUCUCCUUCUGUUCUCUCCUCCUCCACCAAGCUGCCCACCGUGGUCUUCAGCGGCAACUCUGGAGUUCAAAUGUUAUGUUCAGCUCCUCAGGUCAAAUCUGGCCUCUCCGACCCCGACCCCGACGACAGCCCAUCUGCCGAGGAAACCCAGCUCCCACCAUCCCCUCCUGCGCCCCCACAAACCUCUCAGCCGACCUCUGAACUUUCGGGUCAGCCAAGCCCCGGGGAAUCCGACCAAUCGCCUGGCCCAGAGUCUGAGCUUGCUUCCUUGACCUCAGACUCGUUUCCGUUGAACGACCACCCCUACUUCUCUUCGGGCAGCACUGCGGCCUGUGGGUCCCCUACUCUGGUGCCCAUAGUGCCUGCAGGCCAACCAGGGGAGCUGGAGCCCCUCUCCCCGCCCUCCUCGCCCUCCUCCCUGGGGCCUCGCAGGGUCCUCUUCUGCCAGCUGUGCCCCCGUGUCUUCUACUAUCUGUCCGACCUGGAGCGCCACUCCAUCACCCACUCUCAGAUUAAACCACACGUCUGCCAACAGUGUGGCAAGGCCUUCAAACGCUCCAGCCAUCUGCAGAGACACAAGCACAUCCACACGGGCCAGAGGAACUUCGUGUGCUCCAUCUGUGCCAAGCGCUUCAGGGAAUCUGGUGAGCUGCAGCGUCACCAGCGGGUACACACUGGGGAGAAACCCUACCAAUGCCAACUGUGCCACACGCGCUUCGCAGAGCGCAACACCCUCCGCCGACACACCCGGCGCAAACACCCCUACCACCAGGUGGCCAUGGAGAUGCUGAGCGAGAGGAGAGGAGGAGGAGGUGGGGUAGGAGGAGGGGCUGGAGGAGGAGGAGGAGGGGACGAAGAGGAGAGCGCUGAGUGGUAUAGCUCCACCGUGUCUAACUUUGGCAACUCUGACUCGGAAACAGACACGUAGUGGAUCGUCUUCAGAUAGAUGCCAGGGAAGGGGGAGCAGACGUCAGAUUGGGUUGAGAAUCGUUUCAGCAGGCUGUCAUGUGAUCUCCUCCAGGUACUUCCACAGCAGCCCUCAGCCUGUCUGUGCUUGGAGAGGCUUUCCAGUAAUGCAGCUGUCCACGGCAACAAAGGUGCAGUGCGAAAAUAAUGCGGCAAGAAAGCUUUAGCUGUCACUUCAAGCUCUGAGGAAUCUGAAAGCCCAUUGGAGCUAUCUACAGGAACUAGUUUAACAGCUAUAGCUAGCUCCAGUCAGUUGCAAGCUAGCAAACUUUCCAGAAGUUUCCCUACCAUGUAAUAUACAACAUUCUUCAUUAUCUUGUCCAACUGCCUCUUAGCUUAUUGAACAGAUCCUACUUGUUUGGUGGAGGUGGUGGGGAGCAUAAACCAAGAGAGGUUUCCUGUUAGGACUUAAAACAGUUCAUUAAGGACUUAAGUCAAGUCACAAGUCUUGAGUUUUAUCUUGAAAAUAGUAAUUUGGCACUUACCUUGAGACUUGCUUCACGUAUUGUUACUUUAUUUGAGUCUGAAAGGGGAAGACCUAAGAAAGUGUUUUUUUUUUUUUUUUACUCUCCCACAUCUGGUGUGUGAAACGUGCUGCUUAGAAACACUGAAAUCUAGAUUAUUAUUUAUUGUCGUCUUGAGUUUAGUACCAUAUUUGAAUUGUGUAUGCUUGAAUGAGAACAUAUAUAUUUAUUUAUUAUUUAUCUUAAUUGUAUAUUUAUUAAAUUUGUUUACAGUAUAUCCACCAAAAUGGCAUUCCUGCAUAAUAUAUUCCAAAUGUGUUUUCACAGUUUUGAUGCAAAGCGUGUCAGUCAGAACGAUUUUAUUCCAUUUGACCGACUAGAGUAAAAAGGUAAUUUGAUGCUUUUGAAGAAACUUUAGCACUCCAGAUUUUUAACAAUGUUACACAAAGUGCUGUCAUUCAAACAAGUGUGCCCUAUUUCCCAAAUUGGAGCUUAUUUAAGAACCAUGACGGACUGAUUAUACUCUGUUGGAAAGUUUGCUUUGGCAUAUUACAGUUUAGUGAGUCUUAAUGAAUAUUCUUCCUGUCAAACACACUGAAUUUUUUGGGCGCCUGUUUUUUUUUCUUUUUUCUUUUUUUCCUCUCCUGUUCCUACAGGGUCUUUAAAAGGUUUGACCAAAAGUGCUGUGCUUAUUAUAAACACUAUCAAGAGUUUUGAUAAAGUAACUUGUUUCAAUUAAACAUCCCUUUUGCUGCACUGCAGUAUGUAUGUUUGUUUCAAACUUUCAUUCAAUCCUUUUCAUUUAGGCCAUCUUUUAGAAAGGAUGUCGUUCUUCAGGGAAAUUCAUCCUCGUCUGUCUAGGUAACGUUACCUAACAAGUGACCAAAAGUUGGCAGUCUUGUGGACUGUCAUUCUACCUUAGACCUGCAGUGGGCUGAUUCAAAGCUGAGAUGCCAGAUAAUGGACUCUCUGGCCUAUCAGCGACUGUAAACAAUCAAUUACCUACUAGGGAGAAAAGAAACCGCAGAGUCUGCUGAAGCUGCAGGCCAGCCCUGCGCUGAGCGGGUGAGACAGGUCUGAGGCCUGGGGGCUCUGGAACGCCUCCAGGGUUUAAUUGGGUUUGCAAGACAACCUUCUGCUUUCUCCUUCACUCCAAUUUUCUGCUCCAUUUCAGGCGGCUGGUCCAGCAGAGCUGAAUUGAAGAUAAGCCAUUAAGUAGUGUCUUACCAAACUGACCUGCCUGGUUAGGCCGGGUGGUCGUCCAGAUCUCGUGGGUUGACUGCUCUGGGAUGCCUCCUACACCGCACAGAAGCUGGUGUCACCACGUGUCAAGAGUGCGUCACUGCGCUGAAAUAGAAAACCCAAAAGCCAUCUUUGCUAUUUAGUCAUUAAUAUUCAUACAACUCAACAUCAAAUUCGGAUUAGCAGCCAGUGCGACGCCUCGAAGCGGAGACUGUGUGGAUCGCGGAGGGAUUUCAGAUCUGUUUAGUCACCACCAUGCUGCCUGUCCGGAGCCUGUUACAGAAGAUCCCUAGAACAGCGUGGGGUCGUGACCCGUGACCCCUGCGUCCUGCAGAAACGCUGAAUCACACCUCUGCUGCUGUAACACCUCUCCCAGGUCAAGCUCCGUGUCGUUGCAGCGCUGGUCUGUUGGAAACGGACCUGGAGGAUAAACCAGCCGCUCAUCAGCCCCCAAGAGAAUCAAUUUCAGAUCAUCACAACAUCUGACAUGGCUGGAAGAUUUUCUGCUUCAUCCUGCAAAUGUAACCCCUCAGUCAACAUUGCAUUGAAGACGUAUAGUGCAUGUGAGCAACGGUGACUGUGGGU